UUGAAAUAACCUUUUCCCUUAUGUGCCCAUACUCAUGGACCGCCACAGAAAACUCUUUCCACUUUUGCCGCUUUUGCCGGUCUCUAGUCUCUGGCUUUUUUCCCGACUAAAAUGGCUGUGUUAAGUUAUCUGGACUUGUAGGCUAAAGCAGAACAAUGGAUGUCGGUCGAGAGUUUUCUUCAUGGGAUACCUUCCAUACUGCCUUGGAGCAGUACUCCAGAGAAAAUGAGAUUGCCUAUAUAGUUGGCACUUGCAAAUCUGUUGAAGCUGCCAACAGCAAUGAGGCUCUGAAGCAGAAAUUUCCAACAAAAUUCAAAUACUGUUUUGCUAGAUUGAUUUGCAAACACUAUGGAAACUACAGCCGUAAUAGUGCAGGUCAUCAUCCACUACAAAAAGCCUGUAAGACUGGAUGUACAUCCUCAAUUUUAGUGUCAGUCAACAAAAAAAGAUCAGCCCUGGUCAUCAAGGAAGCCAACCUUGAGCACACCCACCAGGUGUCUGACCUGGUCUACAGCAAACACUCAGAGAACCAGAGGCUCCAGGGUGAGGACCGUAGGAUGGCCAGUGUCUUGCUUAGAGCUGGAGUCCCUCUCUUUAAAGUUCAGCAUUUUAUUUCAAACUCAUCCAGUCAGGUUACCGCUGAUAUAAACAUUGACAGGAUUAAGAAUGUGAUGAAAGGUUCGUCGUUUGAAAAAGAAGGGACAGAGUUUGCGUUUUUAGCCGAUUUAGACCAGCUGAUGGCAGAGGAUAUGGAGUGUAUUGUUGAGAUAGUUAACUUUGAUCUUGUGCCCAGUGCUGUGUACAUCCAAACAUCAGGUAUGCUUGAGAGGAUGAAACUUUUACAUAGUGGGCUACUCCAGAUAGUGACGCACAACAUAGGUGAUGGUAAAAUGUCUCUAGUCAGUGCAGUAGGUGUGGAUAGUGACUUGAACACCCACACUGUCGCAUUUUGUGUAAUUUUAUCAGAUGCUGAAACUUGUUUUAAAUGUUUUAUAGAAAUUUUCCUGAGAAACAACCCAAGUUUUUGUGAUUCUAUAAAAGGCGUGGUGCUGGACUGCUCUCAGGGUAAUGCUGAGUUCCUUCAGCAGUUCAUCCCUCAGGCGUCCAUAGCCUGGAGUAGGUCCUACAUCCUGGAGAAGUUUGCUGGGGAGUUGAAAGGAUCCAAGGAUAUGAGUACUUUGUUAAAUCUCUAUAAAGAGAUGAUGAGCGCUGAUACUGUCGAGUUGUAUGAAAUGAAAAUGCAGGAAUUAUUUCUUGCCAGGCCUGUUAAGUAUUCUAAGGAAUUUCUGCAGACGUGGGAUAGCUGCAGAGAACAGUGGGUGCAGUAUGAGAUAUACUCAGUUGAUGGCUUGCAGCAUCACAAGUCUGCAGUGGAAGUGGAUUAUAUUAAUUCAUUAAAAGCAUUUAUCAAACCCACAAUGGGUUUGUCAGAAGUGAUAAAAGUGUUGUUAAAAUUUGAUAGAAAUGAAGAGCCAGAAGAGAUUUUAAAAGAGCAUAGGCUGGGUGAGGCUGAUCCAAGUUGUCAGCUGUACAAGCUGUUUUGUUUUCCAAAGGCUUGGAGUGCCAUAACGUGCCAGAUAUCUGUUGCAUUGAGCAGCCUGUAUGAAAUCACAGCACACACGGACAUGAUUUUUGUCAAGAGGGUUGACAGUGAUGACCAGUUCAUUCUUGACACAACAGGGAGUAAAUGCAGUUGUCAGUAUUUCUUAAACACAGACCUCCCGUGUGAGCAUAUCUUCGCCUGGCUCAAGUUUUCAAACAAACCUCUGUACAACGAGUCCCUUGUCCCAGUCAGGUGGCAGGUGUUUGGCAGGUCCAUAACCCUGGAUAGCCUGGCUGAAUCUCUGUCACAUGGCAGCGUGCCUUCAUCCUUUCAUCAUGACGAGCGCUUGAAAGAGCUGCAGGUGGUGUUGAAAGAUGUCCUGAGCUUGUGCUGCUGCCACUCCUACCAACAGAUGGAGAAAGAUCUGAUCCUGUUGAAGCAAGUCCUCACUGUCAUGAGGAACUGCACAUCACACAGAACCAAGCUGGUGACAGAGACGGAUGAUCAGCCCAAACUACUGGAACUGAAAACUAGUGCACCUAUUCCAGAGCCUCGUAAGCGUGGGCGCCCCAGGAAAAAAAACAAACACUUGCAGACAAAAGAGAACAACGUCCUGCCACCAGUGGUGAAGCCCGGGCCUGUUUUGUCUGUCUCAGGGCAUAACCUGCGCACAAACAUCAAGCACAAGUUUGUUACCAGGGAGGCGCACUCAGGGGUGGUGGAAUCUGGGCCAGCACCAGUUAAAAAACCCAGGAGCUCAACUGGCUCAGCUCAAAACAAAACUCUAGGUCAGGAUGAGAGUUUGAGUAGUGUAAAAGCAAAAGUUGAUUUGGGUUUAAACUCAGUUAAUGGAGAAGAGGUUAAAGUUAAUGGGACAAACAAUGAAAAUUUUUCAGAUUCUCUUAAGGUUGACAUAUCUGAUGCCCAUGAUAAUGGGCCUGAGUCAAGAGAUUUGUAUAACAAGAAGAAAAAAUCCCCGGGGUGUAAUGUGAACACUUCUAGCCAAGGAUGGAGACCUUCAGCUUUAAGGAAUGACAGCAUGCAGCCUAACUCUGAUGAUGAGGUAAGUGAAGAGGAGGAUGAGAAUGAUGAAGAAGAUGAUGAUGAAGUGGCAAGUGAUAAAACUGAAGAUAGUGAAGGUGAGACUAUGGAAGUGAGGCUAGAAAGAGAAGUGCAGGAAGUUGAGGCAUAUCUUGCCAACAUAUCCCAUGAUGUGCUGAAGGAAGUUAUGCAGGUGGCAUCUUUGCUGGAGUCACCAGAGGAGAGGGCCCAGAAAGUGAAAGAAGGGGCAGCACCUAGUCCAGAUUACCCACCUGAUGUGCUGAUCAGAACUUGUCAGAGCACAGAGGUAGUGAAUACUAUCAUGGAACACAUCAAACAAGUUUCCCCUGGAUUUGACCAGUAUCCGUAUAAAGUUUCUGCUUGUUUAACAUACCGAGCCUUCCAGACAGAUGUCCCCAUCAGGGAUCUUCUACAGACUUUGAGUUUCUGGCCUAGCCAUCUACCAGAGUUUCCAAAUACAAGGCCGAUAGAGGGAGAACUGGCAUUAGCUGAGGGUCAAAUCCUGAGGCUUGGUAGCUACAAAUUAAAUCAGGCUGACAUGGACACACUUAGAACAGGGGAGGAAAUCAGUGUUAAGGUACUGCAUGCCUACCUAGAAAUCCUGGCACAAAGACACAGUGGAAAAAUGUUUCUCAUUCCAUUUGAUGUUGUACACUCCUGGCGAAGUGGGAACUACAGUGAUAGGAUUUUCAAAAAGGUCCACCUGAAGACAUUUGAGUACCUGGUCCUGCCCAUCCACUGUGGGGCUGAGUUCACUGACCAGGAGAGACAGUCGGGGGAAAUCCCUGCCCCGUGCUGGAUGGCUCUAGUGGCAGAUGUCAAGAAAAGGACAGUGGCCAUAAUGAACCCUAAAACUGAGGACAAGUAUACCAUAGCUGCUAAUGGCUACAUGUUGCAGUGGAGGCGCUACAUGCAGAUCCGUUCAGUACAUACAGGAGAAAUGCUGUCGAGCUGGACUUCACAGUUCAAAGAGUGCAGUAAAGUUGAUAACAAUUUGAACUCUGGAGUUCAUCUGCUUAUGAAUGUGGAGGCUGUGAUCAACAAUGUUCCCCCUGUGGUCAUGACACAAGCUCAUGUACAGAGCUAUCUCCAGCUGGUGGCCGUAGCCCUGAGGGACACGGACAGGGAGACCACUGUCCUGUGUGUGGGGGGACCAGAGUGCCAGGUCCUGGCUGCCAGGGAUGCUGACUGGCUGCAGUGUGAGAACUGCCGAACCUGGUGGCACCGGGCCUGUGCUGACCAGCCAGCCUCCAGACCCAUAUUCUACUGCAACUCCUGCCAUCAGAGGAUCCUGGCUGUUAAAGGCAAGAUCAUGACAGGCCAGCAAGCUACUGAGUCAUGUUACCAGCCAGGGGAGAGGGAGGAGGCAGAGGAACCCGUGGAUGAAGAGAACCAGGAAGAACAGGCAGGAAUAGAUCAUUAG